CCCGCCCCGAUCUGCCGGGCGGGGCUGGGCCGAGAGUCCAGCAGCUGCUCGCCGGGGUUUCAGAGACUUCCUCGUUGUGAGCCCAGGCCCGGCAGUGUCCGGACUCGUACCCCCGCUGUCCUUACCGGGACCUCUAGCCUGGGUCUAGGUCGCAGCUGCAACCCCAGCCCGUCGGUUCCACUCUCAGCACAGGUCCUUUCCCGCACGCCCCGCGCUCCCUAGCAUGCCCAACCCCAGCAGCACCUCCUCUCCCUACCCCCUCCCUGAGGAAAUUAGGAACCUGUUGGCAGAUGUUGAAACAUUUGUAGCAGACAUACUGAGAGGGGAAAAUUUAUCGAAGAAAGCAAAGGAAAAGAGAGAAUCCCUUAUUAAGAAGAUAAAAGAUGUAAAGUCUAUCUAUCUUCAGGAAUUUCAGGAUAAAGGUGAUACAGAAGAGGGGGACGAAUAUGAUGACCCUUUUGCUGGGCCUCCAGACACUAUUUCAUUAGCCUCAGAAAGAUAUGAUAAAGAUGAUGAGGCCCUCUCUGAUGGGAACCAGUUUCCUCCAAUUGCAGCACAGGACCUUCCUUUUGUUUUAAAGGCUGGCUAUCUUGAAAAACGUAGAAAAGAUCACAGCUUUCUGGGAUUUGAAUGGCAGAAACGGUGGUGUGCUCUCAGUAAAACAGUCUUCUAUUAUUAUGGAAGUGACAAAGACAAACAACAGAAAGGCGAAUUUGCACUAGAGGGCUACAAUGUCAGAAUGAAUAACACUCUCAGGAAGGAUGGAAAGAAAGACUGCUGUUUUGAAAUCUGUGCUCCUGAUAAACGUAUCUAUCAGUUCACAGCAGCUUCUCCCAAAGAUGCUGAAGAAUGGGUACAGCAACUGAGAUUUGUAUUACAAGAUAUGGGAUCUGAUGUUAUUCCUGAGGAUGAUGAUGAAAGAGGAGAAUUAUAUGAUGAUGUUGAUCAUCCUCUACCAAUCAGCAGUCCAUCAGCAAGCAGUCAACCAAUUGAUGAUGAAAUUUAUGAAGAACUGCCAGAAGAGGAAGAGGAGAGUGCUCCAGAGAAAGUAGAGGGACAGAGGAAGAUGAGUCAGGACAGUGUUCAUCACAUUACAGGAGAUAAAAGCACUGAUUAUGCUAAUUUUUACCAGGGUUUGUGGGACUGCACAGGAGCUCUUUCUGAUGAGCUGUCAUUUAAACGUGGUGAUGUGAUUUACAUUCUUAGCAAGGAAUACAAUAGAUAUGGCUGGUGGGUAGGAGAAAUGAAAGGAGCCGUUGGCUUGGUGCCGAAAGCCUACAUAAUGGAGAUGUAUGAUAUUUGAGAGUCCUGGCAGGAAAAAUAAUCAACAUUUCAACGGAAGAAAAAUUAAGAUGCAACUUUCCCUUUCUGCCUGCAGAAAAGGAAGAUUCUUAUGCUAGUCUGCAAAUACUCUGGAUUUAUAAUGAUUUUGAAUGCGUGAGUGACAGCUCACAGCUUUUGUUGAACAUCGUUUGUCUUUGUUAUUUUAUGUAUUCGUUACAAUAUUCCUCUGAUGUGAAUUAAAUAAAGGAUAGUAAUGUUAAUCAGAUACAAGCAUGAAGUUAUACCUGUUGCUAUUUUUCAAAGAAAUAAUUGUUUUUAUUUAGUCAUUUGAUUUGUGUGAAGGAGUCAGCACUGUGGGCACUGCUACUACAGGAUGAGUUGUAUUUCCCUUAAUAUUAGAUGUCAGUUAUUUUUUAGACUGUAUAUAUAAUUUCAUGGAAAUUUUAAUUGAAUAUAUCAUGAAAGUUUUUGGUAGAUGCUAUCAUAAGAAUGUUGCUUUGUUAAAAUUCUAUGAGUGAUUUGGUAUUUAUAUUUCACAAAAUGUUUUCAUGAAAGAAUUUUUACCAAUUGGCAAAUUUGGCUUAUGUUAAAUAUAGCCACAAGAAAACGCAGUGAUAGAAUUACAAAUAGUAGUGUACUGUCACCAUCAUAACAAAUGUGUAGACCAGAACCCUGGUUUGUGCAAAGCCCUUAUCAAUACCAAAUAUCCUGGUUAGAUGAUGGGCUUACCAAUGUCUUCUGCCAUAGUUUUGUGUAAAUUUAAUAAAACAACAAAUUCAUAAGAAAUCCCAUUCUGCAUAAUAUAAUGCCAUAAAGAAUCUCAGUAUACUCUCAAAGUAAGAAGGAAAAAUAACAUUCUCUCAUCCUGUCCAAUCAUUGCUGUGCUUUUGAAGACCAGCCACACAGCAGUACAACUCCAGAUCUGAGUGUCCUUUACCCUCCUCAGAGCAAUGAAAAGAAAAGGAAGGCUCAGAGAGGAGCGUGUAGAAAUCAAGGUGGGAACAUGAGCCAGCAGGAGAGUGGAAGGGUAGCCAGAGGCUGGCCUCGGAGGCAUACAUUGUACUGCCUGAGCGGGCUGUGUGCGAUUAUGUCAUAACAUUUUCAUGUAUAUUUGAGGUCAAAGGUAUUUGAAUGCCUACAAGGUAUUAGUAUGGCUUAAUAUAUAAUAUAUAUAUAUAUA